AUGUCCACGCUCAACUACACCUACCCAACGACGGCGCCUACGGUCCGCCACGUGAACACCAUUACCAUGGGUCCUUUGCCGCUCGCUCCCCUCAAGCUCAGCCAGAGCGACUUUGAACAGCUUGCUGCCUGGCUCGUCGAGUACACCGCCGUUCAUACUCACGCAGUACCCUGCCGCUGGGACAAGUCCUGUGGCAAGAUACUCAACCUAUCUGGACCCCGCGCGCUGGCGGACCUUAUCCAACAUCUCAACUACAACCACCCCGACGGUUCGCUUCGCAGCGGAAACUACCGCCACCUUUCGUGCAAAUGGGCGGGCUGUGGCGCGUGCCCCUGCACCUUCACGAACAGUGCACACGCGGAGGAGUGGAUCUAUAGGCACGUUCUCGAGCACUCCGGUGUAUGCGCUGCGAAGGAGGGCCGCAAGAUCGAACGCUGUGCGCUCUGCAAGCGCUCCGUCGAUGGUUUUCAGCCGCGCGGGGAGCAUAUGCGCAGGUGCAUUGCCAAGACGCCGUUUCUUGACACGGCGAUGGAUCUGGAGACGUAUGGCGUGCGGGUAUGCGGGUUCGAUAAGGAUGGGGUGUGGACGCAGGUUCGUGUCAAGGAGACGGGGGACCAGGUCUGGGUUAAGGAUGCGAAGGGAAGGUGGAUCGAUCCGCGUACUGGAAUGGCCGCGUUCUUGUGA